AUGACUCGUGUACUUCUCACUGGUGGAUCUGGCUUUAUCGCAGCUCAUAUUCUAGAGAGUCUGCUAGAGCAUGGCUACUCUGUUGUGACUACUGUUCGAUCCGCACAGAAAGGUCAGCAAAUCCUAGACUCUCACAAGCAAUACGGCAAAGAUAAACUUGACUUCGUCGUCGUCGAAGAUAUCGAGAAGCCUGGAGCCUUCGAUUCGGCUGUGGUAUCAGACCCACCGUUCGACGCAGCUGUUCAUUGCGCCAGCCCGUACCACUUCAACGCCAAAACACGUGAUGAGAUCCAUCAACUCAUCAGCACAGCUAUUAAUGGUACAACUGGUAUUCUCAAGGCCAUCAAGGCCCACGCUCCCACGGUGAAGCGGGUGGUUAUCACUUCUUCAUACGCGGCUAUGGUCGACUACGGCAAGCCGUUGACACAUGUCUACAGCGAAGUAGACUGGAACCCAAUCACUGAGGAGCAGGCUUAUUCAAGUGCCCCAUUCGCUUACCUCGCAAGUAAGACCUUCUCCGAGAAGGCAGCUUGGGAUUUCGUGAAGGAUGAAAAGCCAGGUUUCACCCUCACCACUAUCAACCCACCUAUGGUCUAUGGCCCUGUCAUCCACGCACUUUCCUCCCUCGACUCGAUUAACACGAGCAAUGCUCGGUUCGUGAGCCUACUCAGAGGUAGCCCCACAACUCCUUGCCCCCCCACAGUCAACUAUCUUUUUGUGGACGUGCGAGACCUGGCUUUGGCACACGUCAGAGCUUUGGAGAAACCAGAGGCAGCAGGCCAGCGUUUCCUAGUUACUGCAGGAAACUACAGUAAUGCUGAAGCCGCCCAGAUUAUCGGCGAAGAAUACCCCGAGUACAAGGAUAGGAUGCCAGUUGGGGAGGCCUUGAAGCCUGGAGAGAGACCCGCUACGGGAGUGAAUGGGUACGACAACAGAAAGAGUAUUGAGGUUCUUGGCAUGAAGUACAGGACAUUCAAGGAAUCUGUUGUGGGUGUUGUGGAUAGCAUCAAGGGGCUGCUGUAA